AUGAGCACCUCGAGUCUACCACCUAUCAGCUCUUUGAAGCCUCUAGGGGCUCAUGCGGAUAACCAGUUCUUUCGAAGCAAGAAACAACAGUCCUCGCCCCUCGUCAACCUGCCUACUGAAAUCCUAGUUCAGAUCUUCUCCUACACAAAUCUACACGACACGAUGGCCCUUUCAACAAGCUGCAAAUACCUGCUCAGCAUUCUCUCUUUCACAGCUUUUCCCGGAGACUUUCUGUUCAAAAAGCUCCCAGACCUGGCACCCAUAAAGCUAAUUCUGUUCCUCCUGCGACUCGCGUGGCCAAGGGAGAUGGAUGGACGUGCGAAGAAAGGUCUGCGGUACUGCAAUGCCUGUCUCCGCAUCUAUCCAGAGAAGAGACAGUACUGGGAGGAGAAGUUGUCGAUGAAGAUCAGCAGGGAUUUCUGGAAUAGCUUGAAGUCCGAGUGGGAAAUGAACCUUGACUGCCCUAAAUGCUAUCUCGGUCACAAACGCACCUAUAUGUGUCUUUGUCAUGCAGCAUUCAUUAAGCGUUGGGAGCAGAUUUGUGCUGAGCACAUCGGCUGGUUCGGCAACUAG